CAAACCACCAAAUAUUAAUUAUGUUCUUGACAAGCGGCCUUUUCAAAGCAGUGGCGAACAAGCCCUGCCUGUCUACAAAUAUGAUCCGCACCACCCACGCACAAGUACGUCGGUCUGGCCUUAAAACCACCACACAGUCCUUGCAGAGAGGCUAUGCUACAAGCUCGUGCGGACCUAAGCGACCGGUGGCCAUGUCUGCAAGACCCACUAUGACCAGCACGUUCUCUACGAAUGGAUUGAGAACUGCGAAUGCUAGCAGAGUUGUGAGGGGCGGGGUUAAGUCCACUUGUAAGCCACAGCCCAUGCCACAUGCCGUUGGGCAGCCCACGCUCACACAUUCAUUCCAGAGAGGCUAUGCUACAGGCUCGUGUGGACCUCAGCGACCGGUACCCAUGUCUGCAAGACCCACUAUGACCAGCACGUUCUCUACGAAUGGAUUGAGAACUGCGAAUGCAAGUAAAGUUCUGAGGGGCGGGAUUAAGUCCACUUGUAAGCCACAGCCCAUGCCACAUGCCGUCGGGCAGCCCACGUUCCAGAGUUGAUAAAGCUCAAGCAGGAAUAAUAAUAUAUUCGAUAAUAUCCAAGCUCACGAAUGGUCCAUAAUAUAGAAGUGUACAAUAAAUAUAGCAUUAAUUACGAACUCGCCGAUGUCUAAUUUUGCUGAUCUUUUCC